ACGGCCACAGUUAGUGCCCGGGACCUCUUUACAGUCGUCAGUCGUCGGUUGUCUCCAUUAUACUAGAUUUGUGGUGGCAAAUUAACUUGCAGUUGUUGUUUUAAAGUUAACACCGACACGUUUAAAUAGUGCGACAGUCAAUUCGCCUGAUAUUAAUAUGACUCAAAUACCGACAUCGAAAAUUCAAAUGCAAUGGCCUCAAACUGCGGCAACCAGUCUUCCGAUGGGCCCAUCAAGCACUCACACAACAUGCACAUCAUGUGGUGAAGACAUUUACACAAAAACUAGCAGAAAAGGUACUAGUGGGGCGUGGUGGAGUUGUUGCUUGUUAUUUUUUUGCGGAUGUUUUUGUGGUUGCUGUUUAAUUCCGUGUUGUAUGGAUUCAUGUAAUGUUGUAAAUCACAAGUGUCCAAAAUGCAAAACAUUUUUAGGCCAGUACAGACCAUAAAUCAUCAGCUAAGUGGAUCUAAGAAAUUAAACAUAACAGCCAAACUCAAAUCAAAAGAUGAUGUAAAUGUUUCAUAAAUUGUCUAUCAAACUGUUUGUAACCUUUUCUAUAUUUUUUUUUACAAAUUGUUGUACAUGAUUUCAAAAGUAUAAUCUUUAUACUUACCAAUGAUUAUAGAAAUAACCACUUUUAAUUAUUUUACAGUUAAUUAUUUUUGUUCAAAUUUAAAGACAAAAUAAGAGAACUCUUCAUAUUAUAUUACUUUAUAGAAAACCAAUUGAUGAUGGUAUAAAAAUACAUAUUUUUUAACAGUACAUUUUUAAUCUGCACUAAACUUAAUAAUAAAAUAUUC